CGUGGUUCACGCAGUAGGCGUUUGUCUAUCGCGAACUCGAUUCGAAACGAGAUGCGCUCCCGCCAUGGGCAGCAAUUGUUGUAAGGGUGAUGCAGCAGGGAAACCCCUCGUGCGGUCCAGCUCAUCGAUCUACAACAGGAGUCGAGCGGGAGCGAAGCUUGAGGACCGCUUUAAAAGAUCGGACGACGCGGGCGGCGUCCGUCUGACCAUCUCCGCUGCACGGACCGGUGACAGUGGUGUUUACACCCUACAAGCUAGCAAUGCUGCCGGUAAGGACUCGACCAGGGUACGAUUGGAAGUUUCCCCGGACGAAACGCCGACAGGCGAAGACCCACCAACUUUCUUGCGACGUUUACAAGACCUCACCGUGAAGGUCGGCACUCGAACUAGGUUUCUAGUUGAAAUCGUCAGUUCAACUGAAUGCAGGGUAACAUGGUAUCGUAACGAACGCCGGUUGUUGGAAGCGGAGCGGAUCGCUUUGGUGCGCGAUGGUAACUUCUGGUGCGCAGACAUUUCUGCCGUGAGUGUGGAUGACGCCGGGAGGUGGACGUGUACGGCGGAAAACGUUGGGGGCCGGGCCAGCUGUUCCGCUCAUCUUAAUGUUUUAGUACCAAAAGCUUACAAACGUCCUGAAUUCGUGGAAGAGCUUCGAGCGUUACUUACAGAACAAGGUACAGUAUCGCUCGAAUGUAAGGUGGUGGGGGUUCCAACACCAGUGCUGCGUUGGUUUAAGGAUAGUCGUGAAAUUAAAGCUGGUGAUGUUUUCGCCUUGACUGCUAAUGCAGAAGACCCGACUUCACUUGGGACUUAUACGUGUGAAGCCGUUAACUGUAUGGGAAGAGCUUAUUCGUCAUCUAAAGUUCACGUAGUUGGACGCUCUAGCAAGGAAAACUCUUCUCGACCAAGUUCUGGAGGAAUAACUCCAGAACCGCCACCUAUAUUCACCAAAGAGCUAGAAGACCAGUUUGUACGGAUUUGUGAACCUCUAACCUUAAGUUGUCAUAUUGUGGUACCGCCGUGGCCACGUAGUGUUGUCUGGUACAAUAAAGAAGGAAAAAUCGAACCUAGCGAAAGGUAUCAUGUUCUCGAAGAUGGCGUUGGAGGUUACUUGUUGGAGGUACCGAGCGCUGAGUGGCCUGAUGAAGGCGAAUGGAAAUGCGUAGCGACGAGCAGCGGCGGAAGAGUCGGCAUUUCGACAUGCUACGUUUCCAUGGAUGUACCAAAGAAUUACCGGAAACCACGGUUUAUGGAAAACCUGCAAGCCGUUUUAACUGAAGAAGGCCUUGUAUCUUUUGAAUGCAAAGUCGUUGGGUUUCCUACACCUCUACUAAGUUGGUUCAAAGAUGGACAGGAAUUAAAACCUGGAGACGUAUACCAGCUCACGGGUACAAAUUCCUUGGGAUCUUAUUGCUGUAUUGCUAGAAACUGUAUGGGCCAAGCUAGUAGCUCUGCUGAACUGACAGUGGAAGAUAUUCAGAACCAGCUAAAUGAAGAAGAAAAGCUUCAGUUAUUUUCAAGAAACCAAGCUCCGAAAUUUCUCCAAGGCUUAAAAAGUAUUGAAGCAAAAAUUGAUGAACCAUUUCGUUUUACUAUUAAAGUUGCUAUUCCGCCUGAACCUACAAUAUUGUGGUACCGAGAUGAUCAACCGAUGGAUGAGUCGUCUCGUUGUCAUCAUGGAAAAGAAGAACGUGGUGUUUUCCACUUAGAUAUACAGAAUCUUGAGUUUAUGGACCAGGCAGAAUGGAAGUGUGUUGCUAUGAACGAUUAUGGACACAGUGUAACGUCAUGUUUCCUUAAAUUAAUAAUUCCUCGACAUUUUAAAAAACCACGUUUCCUCGAAAACCUUCAAGCUAUUUUAUCUGAUGAAGGAGCUGUAAAUUUAGAGUGCAAAGUUAUUGGCGUACCACAGCCAGUUCUAAAAUGGUACAAAGACGGUGAAGAAUUAAAACCAGGUGACAUUCAUAGAAUUAUCUCCGGUCAAGAUGGUACAUGUUGUCUUGGUACAUAUACAUGUGAAGCGCAAAACUGUAUGGGAAUUGCAGCUAGCUCGGCAUCUUUACUCGGGUUCGAGGAUUCAAUGAAAGCAAAAACUAAAAAGAAAGCCGAUGAACAAGCUUUACAAAGAAACUUAUCACUAAGUACUAUUCACGAAGAACGAACGUCACAAAUGUACGACACUCCCGUCGGUGAUAUGACAUUAGACGAGAAAGGAGAGAUAUCGUUUUCUUUUGAUGGUAAAGAAGUAUCUGUUUCUUUAUAUGAGACUCCUGAUCUAACGGAAGAAGAAGCACUACAAAUAAUAGAAAUGUAUGCUGACCAGCUAUCAGAAAACGUAACUGAACAUAAUGUCGUUGAACUUCCUCCUUUAAGAUUCGUAAAGGAGACAUCUACUUCAGGGAAUUUGUUAAUGGAAGCUAUAAUCAUUGAUGUAUCACCUGAAUAUUUUACAUCUCCUGAAGAAGAUCUUAGAACCGAGGCUGAUAUAGAGGAUAUUUCAAUUGCUGAAGACAAUGGUGCCCCUCAAAUUUCAUUAGAUGUAGAAACUGAUGGUGAAGAUUACUUAGAAAAAACCAUUGCUCUGUUAUCAGAUGAAAAAUCAGAUAUUCUUAAAAAAACUUAUCGUAAAAAAUCUGAUUCACAGAGGAGUGCUGAUGAUUACUUUAGUUUAUCACGGGAUCAAUCACUUUCGGACGAAAAAAAAGAAGAUGAUACUCAAAUAUUGUCUGAAAGCGAUCUUCAAAGCUUUGCAAGUGCUCGAAGUUCUGGAAAACCUAAAUCAAAAUCUUCGAAACCUUCUAUUGAAGAUGGUCAAGAGUCUUCUGAUAUCACAAAAACGGUUGUACUUAGGGAAGAUUUACAAAACCAAAUGAUUGAAACAGAUGUUUCAGCAGUUAAACAUAAAAAGACCAGACGCAGGAGCCGAAGCUCAAGAAGAUCUAGUUCUGGAAGUGAGAAAUCUUUCAGCAAAAUGAAAGAAGAUAUGGCAGAUAUGAAAACAGAAUGUGCAGCAAAUGUAGGAAAAAUAGAUUUCAAUAAAGAAAAAGUAAAGACGGCUAUGAAUCGCAUUAGUUUAUCUCUGACAGAAGUUAUAAAUGAAAUACAAAUCCUCGAAAGAGACAUUAUACUAAAAUCCGAAUUUAUGGCCACUGCGGCUACUGCUUCAAAUAGCUUAGAAAUGAUAAAUACGUUAAUAACUCCUCUAUCUGAAAUACAUUGCAUUACAGACGCUACUAGAGAAGCGGUUGAGUAUUCCGAAAAUAUCACUUCAUUGUUAAACAACCUCCCCGAGUCAUUACAAAAUCUUCAACGUUCACUGACUAUAAUCAAUAAGUGCAUUGACGUAGAACGUGAAAAUAAAACACUUGUUACAAAAACAUGUAUAUCUAUCAUUAAAAAAUGUGGGCAACAGUUACAUAAUAUAAUAAAAGACAUAAAUGCAACAGUUACUAAUGAAUGCCCUUUUGUUGAAAAGAUACACAAAUCUAACAUUGACACAAUGACUACAGACUUAGUAAGUAUUAUAAGUAAUAGCUUGGAUAUGGUAGAUAUUGAAGAAAAUAAGAAGUCUGACAAAGGUGAAAACGUUAAAGAGAUAACUUUAGAAUUUAAACACUUACACGAUACUCAGAAAGCUAUUCACGAUCUUCGAGGAUCACUUAGAUCUUUACUUUUUAUAGUAGAAGAAGUAGAUAUUUCAAAGGCUAAUAGUUUUCCUAACAUCAAAACAAGUGAAAUUAUAUUAAAUGAUAUGUCAACUCCCAUUCAAGACUUACAGACUGCUUUGGAACAGAUAGAGACACUUUCAAUAGCGGAGUCUAAAUCGAACUUACACAAAUAUAAUACCGAAAUGAUAGAGACAGCUAUGGAAUCAGUUUUAAAAUUAAGAACGUCAUUUGAACAACUUUCAGCUGAGGCAAGUAUUAUGGAAGAUAAAGAUGCAUUAAACGAAGUAUUAAAUGCUAUAAAAUGUAAUAUAAAGGCAAUAUCAAUCCAAUUAGAUGAACUCGAAGCCCAAACUGAAAAGGAUGUGGUGGUUGAAAAAUCAAAAGUAUAUAAAGAUUCUACUAAUAAAGCAGAUAAUUUGAUUCUACAUUUAAAAGAAUUAGUUACGCCUCUUGAAAUCAUUCAUAAUAAAUUGAUGGACGAGAAAAAAAAUAUUAAUUUAGAAUUAUUACAAGAAACUUUUUAUGAGAAAAUUGAUAAAGUUGACUUGGAAUUAGUUAAAGGACAAUUAAACAAUAUUAAUGAAACUGUGAAAAAGUUUGAACAAUAUCUCAGUUUCGAUGAUAUUUCUGUGAAUGGCGAUGAUAUAGAUAUGGUAACAAAAUUGAACAAUACCGCAAAUGAUAUUUUAGGUUCUAUCGAAUACAUGAAACUGACAGAAAGUAUAAAAACAAUUAGUCAACCUAUUGUCAUCAUUAAAAAUAUAUUAGAUCGAAUAUUAUUCGCGGAAAAAGUUGAUGGAAAACAAACAUUACUUAAAGAAAAAACAGAAAAGCUUUUGCAACAUAUGGACCAUUAUAUUGAAAUUAUUGAUAUAGUCGAAGAAGUAUCUGCAGAAAUAAAAUUAGAAGAUUUGAAAGAAACAGCCAAUAUAGUACGGGAAUUACAACAAAGUCUUAUAAAUACAAACCUAACUUCCGAAAACAGUAUUAGAAAGGCUUCUGAUGGAAAAAUUCUGGAAGAGCAGGCAGAAAUAGCACAACGAUUACAUAAAGCUCUGGUGUCAGUGCAAAUACAGGCUUUAGAGAGUUCACGAAAGUUAGUAUCUUCUGCUGAUGAAGAUAUAAGACAAAAAAUUAUACAAUUAGUGUCCGAUUUACAAAACGAUUUAAUGGCAUUAGCAAGUAUGAACGUGAUUACAGAAGAAAUUUUAACAACCACUGCUUUUGAAAGUAAUAUUGAAGAACAAAACGCCAAUCUCGUUUUAGAAAACAAAGAUGAAUUUAAAGAAAUUGCAAAAGAAGAAAUUUUGCUAGAGACGAUACAACUAACUAAACAUAAUGAAGUGGAUAGUGAAUCAAAACUGUCACAGAGUACAUAUUCAAAUACAAAUGUACAAUUAGACUCGUCAAGUCAAUUAAGUGAGGUUGAAAAAGAAACAUUUAGUGCGGGGUUAAUUUUGGAAGAAGUUAAGUCAAUUGAAGAUAAUCAUUCGAAACCUGAAAAACUAGCUACAAUCAAUGAGAUCUUAGUUGAAAAUCUUAAUGAAUACAUUUCUGAAAAUACUGUGGCAGUUAUGAGCAAAUUAUCUCAUACUUUGCAGUCUGAAAAUUUUAACAAAACAGUUGAAAUAGCCAAACAGCUAUGGAACACAAUUCUAAGUGAAACUGCUACAUCAGGGAAAAUUGAUUUGACACAAUCUUCUACAAAACAAGUCAAGUUGAUAUUAAGUUUGAAUGAAGCUAUUGUAAUAACGUAUCAGACAACUAUUGAAGAAAGUCAAGAGUUAGAAAAUAAAGUUGGAAGAGAGAAAUUACAAAGUUUUAAAAACGUUGUUACUAAUUUACGCAGUACACUUCAAGAAAUAAUUAAUAAUAUUAAAUCUUUACCAUCCGUCAGUGAAAGUGAUGAUUUUAACGAAAGACAUGAAGAAACGAACAUUGCAAAGUUUGUUGAACAAAUUCCUACAGAAGAUUCUUCAAAUGCUGAAUCUUAUCUAAUUGAAACUAUAAAAGACUUAAAUUGUAAUAUUGCAAAUAAUAACUUACCAAAAGAAGUUACUAAAAGCUUAGAAACAAAUCAAAAUUUACUCAACUCUGAGGGUAAUAAUUGUUAUAAAGAUAAAAAAGCCGCAAUAGAUACUAAAGAACUAUAUGAAGAAAAUAAAGAUCUUACUAUUGUUAGUUCGACAAUAGAUCAAAAUAUUUUGAAGUUUGAUACAGAAAUAGAUAUAAAUAAAAGAUUUAUCACUAAAGAAAAUCUGAUCAACCAUAUAGGAGAAUACUUUUGCGAACAAACAGUUAAUGAUCUAUUAUCUCUAUUUAAAGUAGAAGACAUACAACCGUCUAUAGAGAUUGCUCAUCAGUUAUAUGACAGUUUUUCUGCAAUUGAAUCGGAAAUUUCUAAUAUAUCAACUAAACAAUUAAAAUUGGCCGUAAUAUUGGAAAAAACAGUAACGUCUCUGCUAGAGUCAACUGGUCGAGAAACAGAAGAUAUAAAAGCCCUUGCUGGAAAAAAAGAAUUGCUAAAAACUAACAUAGUCUUGAGUAAUCUCCGCAAUGAUCUCAAAACGUUAAUAGAGACUACAUUAAUUGAUACUAAUAUAAGCAUUUUGGAUUUAGAUGAUCUCAAAGUGCAUAUAACAAGGGAACCUUUUAAAUAUGAAAUAAUUUGCAAUAAUAUUUUGGGUACAAUAUCAGCAAAUGAAACAAUUUCAGAAAAUAUUAAUGACAGAGAGGAAUUGGAACUUCCAAUAUCGCAUGCGACAGAAAUAAUCGAUGAUUCAAACGACGCUACUAAAACGGAAAUCACUUCAGAAGAAAUACAUGAUCAGAAUUCAAUGAAAGAAAAGAACAGAACAGAUGAACUCAAAGAAAAGUUGCAAAUAGAUUAUUUUGGCGACGACAAUUCAAUAAUCAAAUUAGAAAAUCUCUUAAAAGAAGUAAACGAUAUGAUUGAUAUCUCUUGUGAUGAAAAUUUAGAAGCGAUGCAGAAUAGCUUUGAUGAAGUACAAACAAUUAUAAUGAAAAUGAAGAGUGAUAUUGAUGGAAAUAUAGGUGAUGCAAUAAACGAAACUCUAGAAGAUCUAGAGUGUAAUGUAAGAAGUGUUCAACUACAGAUUAUUGAAAACAGUCCACAAGCUCUAUUAAAAGAAGCUUGUACAAAUUUACAGAUGCUUGUAGCACAUGUAAGUGAAAUAAAUGAAUUUAAAGAAAUUGUAAGGCCCACGACAAAUAAAGUAGCAAAUGAUGAGCUUAAUGAAUGUUCAAACGAUGCUAUGCAAACAAUAGAAAUAAUUGAAAAAGUUUCAUGUUUUAAAAAUACUCAACAUUUAGAACACAUAAUAUCUAGUUUGAACCAAAUAAAAGAUUCUAUAAAAUCUUUAAGGUUAAAAUUUUUAACUAAUGCAGACACUUUAAUUAUGGAAGGAAUUGAAAUUGUUCAAAGUAUCGAUCAAGUAGAAGAAAAAAUUUUUUGUUUAGAAAAAGAUUUGGAAUCUGCAAAAGACGUCGACCCUAUAACACGGGAUCAUAUAAUAUCAGCUGUACAUUGUGUUUAUGGAAGUAUUUCAAAUAUGAGAGGGACUAUUUCUAGUGUUCAAAAAAAAUAUAUGUACGAAAAUUAUGGAAAGCCUUCAAGGUAUUUUUUGACAUCAAUAAAAAAUGUGAGGGAAUUAGUAAAAAACGAAAAAACAUCAACUCAUUGGAAACAAUUUUCACAAUCCUUGCGUAAAGUUCUUAAUCAUUUUGAAGAUAUUAAAUUUUAUAUUAAUUUUGACAAAACAGCAAGAUUACCAGGCGAUGCAGCUUUUACAAAAGUUAUUUUAGGUGAAUUAGUUUCUGUACUUUCUAGGGAAGUGUUAGAAAGUGUGUGUAAUUUAGAUACAGAAGUAAUCGAAAAUGUUCAUGAUUGUGUAAAACAUAUUAAUAGAAAAUUAAGCGAUAUAGAACCUUAUACAACAAUAGAGGUUAAGGAAAAAAUUCCUAUUUUUAAGGAUUUAUCUAUAAUUAUUUUGGAGUUAACAAAAGUUAUUAUUGAAUGUAUACAAAAUGAAAUGAUGAUAAAAAAAGAUGAAGAUAAAACGGGAAGUGACUUAAUUCCAUCACAAACGGCCCCUUACAAAGAGGAUGUAAAUGGAGGAGAAGACGACAAAAAUACAAUAAUAAAUGAAGUUGUCAAUGUUGAAUUUAGACAAACUUUACCAGAAAUAAUAAUAAAAAAUGAAGAAACCAGUAACGGAGAAGAUGUGAUAACUAAACAGAGUGUACCUCAAGGUAUGUUAACAGUAGAUGAAAUUAUGAGCACAACACUAAAAGAGGAAAUUAAAAAUGCUAGUAUUCAACAGCAUCAAGUAGAAAGCAAAUUUUUACAAUCAGAUGAAAAUCAAAAAAUGCUUGCGAACAUGAAUUUAGAAAACAAAUGCAUUAUUCAAACAGAAGGAAUACCAUUAGAGGAAGAUUCUUGCUCAAAAAGUUAUAUGAAAACCGAAGAAAAUUAUACCGAUAGUACAAAUAUCAAAGAAAAAACUAAAAUUGACUCGCCUGAAACUAUCAAUGAGAUAGAGGUCAGUGAAGUAAAUCAGGAAAAGGUUUGUGACAGUGAAUAUCUUUUACACAAAAAAACUAAGGAACAAUUAAAUGAUGACCAAAGUCUGCCUGAAUUUGUUUCAAUAGAUAAUAAUGACGAGCUUGGUAAAAAAGUUGAUAUUAAAACUCAGCAGCAGGAAAAGAAACAAAUCGAAAAUAGUAAAGUAUGUGAUAAGAACGAAAAAUAUGUCAACGCAGAUGACGAGAAAAACAAAGAACUAUCGGAAACGAAAGAGAUUGAAGAAAAUGUUUAUAAAAAACAAGAACAGCAACAAGAAAAAGACACUGUAUUGAGUAUUGAAAGAAAAGUUGAAGAAUUAGUUGAUCCUUCUAUAGAAAAUGAAAAUACGCAAGAGAGUAAGCCAAUUGAACUGCGCGAUAUGUAUGAAAAAAAUGGGGAAGGGGGAAUUAUCGUAAAUGUUGAAGAAAAGAAAGAAUUCAUAAAGUCAUUAGAAAUAAAAGAAAAUAUAGAUGAGAUAGAGGUCAGUGAAGUAAAUCAGGAAAAGGUUUGUGACAGUGAAUAUCUUUUACACAAAAACACUAAGGAACAAUUAAAUGAUGACCAAACUCUGCCUGAAUUUGUUUCAAUAGAUAAUAAUGACGAGCUUGGUAAAAAAGUUGAUAUCAAAAUUCAGCAGCAGGAAAAGAAACAAAUCGAAAAUAGUAAAGUAUGUGAUAAAAACGAAAAAUAUGUCAACGCAGAUGACGAGAAAAACAAAGAACUAUCUGAAACGAAAGAGGUUGAAGAAAAUGUUUAUAAAAAACAAGAACAGCAACACAAAAAAGACACUGUAUUGAGUAUUGAAAGAAAAGUUGAAGAAUUAGUUGAUCCUUCUAUAGAAAAUGAAAAUACGCAAGAGAGUAAGCCAAUUGAACUGCGCGAUAUGUAUGAAAAAAAUGAGGAAGGGGGAAUUAUCGUAAAUAAUAUAGAAAUCACUACAGGUAUUGAGGAACACUUUAACAAAGAGUUCGAAAAACAAGAGCAAGAGUGUAAAGAAACUCUAUCGCCAAUUGAAAGUACGGCCGAAAAAUCUUUAGAAAGCUCAGGCAUGCCAGGUGAAAAGUAUAAGCCACAGAAAUUAGAACAACCUAAAGAAAGCAAAAAUUGUGAUGAAAAUGAAAAAGUUAUCGUUGCACAGGGCAAGGAAAAAAAAGAAUCUUUAAAAGUAAUGGAAACAAAAGAGAAUGAAGAGAGUACUGGUAAUAAAGUUCGGCCUAAACAAGAAUAUGAGGUACAGGAAAAUCAGCAAAGGCAAACUAUUUCAACUAUUGAAAGUACAGUUGCGGAAUCAGUUCAACCUUUUAUGGAAAAUACAGACAUGCUGGUAAAGAAAUCAAAACUUCAGGCAAUAACGCAAGUUGAAGAAGUUACAAUGUGUGUAAGCCACAGUGAUGAAAAACGAGUUACAAAAGAGGAUGAAGAAAAGAAAGAAGAGAUGGAAAUAAAAGUGUAUUAUGAGAGUAGUCCUGGUCAGAGCAACGUGAAGACGUUCGAAUUUAAGGAAUGUCAAGAACAAGAACACCAACAAAAAGUAACUUUAUUUGCAGAAGAAAGUACGGUUAAAGAACUAAUAAAUACUUGUGUGGAAAAUAUAGACAUGCCAACCAAUAAAUCAAAUCUUCGAGGAACGAUACAAAUUGAAGAGAGCGAAAUAUAUGCUGAUAGUGAAGGCCAAUUCACCAACAAUGGUGAGGAAAAGAAAGAUUCUUUAAAAGGAACUGAAAUAAAAGAGGAUAAAGCACAGAUAGAAACAGAAAAUAAAUGUAGGGUUACAGAAUCUGUAAAUAGUUCAGAUAAAAAUAUAGAUAUCUUAAAGGAGAAGUCAAUACCUCAGAAAAUAGAACAAGUUGAAGACAUUAAGAUAUGUAAUGAUAGUGUAAAAGAAAUCAUAGCUAAUAUCGAAGACAAGGAAGACUCCAUAAAAGUAUCGGAAAUAAAAGAGCAUGAAAAGAGUAGUACUAGAGAGGGGGUACAAUUUGAAAAUGAGUUUGAGAAACAGGAACAAAAAUACGAAGAAACUGUAUCAAAUAUUGACAGUACACUUGAAGAAGCAGUAACUACUUCUAAAACAAAUACAGUCCUUCCGGCUGAAAAAUGCGAACCCCAGGAAACGAUGCAGAUUAAAGAUAGCGAAAUAUGUAAUAGCAGUGUAAGUAAAGUCAAUGUAAAUGUUGAGGAAAAGGAGAAGUCCACAGAAGUAUUAGAAACAAAAGAGUACGAAGAGAGUAGUACUGAUAAAUACGAUAAAUUUAAGAAAGAAUUCAAGGAUCACGAACAAAAAGAAACUGUAUCGAAUAUUAAAACUACUCUUGAGGAAUCAGAGAAAACAUCUUUGAAUAAUAAAGAUGUUGGCAUAUUUAAUAUAUCUAAACAUCAGGAAAAGGAGCAAGUCAAAGAGAGCAAAGUUUGUGAUAAUAGUGAAAAACAAAUAAUUGUAAAUAUUGAGGAAAAGGAAAGGUCCACAACAGAAUUCGGGAAAAAAGAAUAUGAAGAGUGCAAUAUUGGAAACAAUGAUCAACUUAAGAAAGAAUUUAAGGAUAAGGAACAACAAGAAAAAGAAACUGUAUCGACCAUUGAAAGUAUGCCUAAAAAAUCAGUAGAUACUGUUUUGGAAAAUAAAGAUAUACUUGUUGAUAAAUCUACACCACAUGAAAUAGAACAAAUCAAAGAAAACAAAAUAUGUGACAAUAGCAAAAAACAAGUCAUAGUAAGUCUCGAUAAAAAUGAGAAGUCCAUAAAUGUAAUGGAGACAAAAGAAUAUGAAGAGAGUACAGUUGGCAAAGAGGAUCAAGUAAAGGAUCAGGAACAACAACAAAAAGAAACUAUUUUGACUUCUGAAAGUAUGGUUGCAGAAUCUGUCAACAUUUUUGCACAAAGUAAAGAUGUGCCUUUAGACAACUCAGUAACUGAAAAUGAUAACAAAAACUUCAAAGAAGAAGUUAUGGAUAACCUUGUAUCUUUUGAUGACAUAACAAACAAAAUGUAUGCUGAAUUAGAGGUUAAAGAAAAUAAAAGUGACUUUUCGAAUGAUGAAAUAAUAAACGAUCUCAUUAAAGAAAUUAAAACAGAAAUCACAACACAUGAAGUAGCUAAUGAAGAAAAAUCGUCUUGUAGUCCAGAACACUACUCUGAGAACUUAACUGGUUCAAUAAAAUUAGAAAUAGCAACUGAAACACAGUUAGAUGAAAUACUGACGAAAUGUGAUACUUUAGAUUUACAAAUUCAACAAGAGGAAAAACAUUAUGAUAAGGUUAUAAUUAAACCAAAACCAGAAACGAAAAUCUCAGGAAAAGAAGAUGACGCAGAUAAUUUUGGAGUUAAUACAACAGUGUCGUACAAUAAUGAAUCUAUCAAAGAAUCAGUUGCACAAAAAGAAGUAACCGAAACAGAUAUAGAUGAAUUAAUUAAUGAAAUAACUAAAGUUGAUUUAUUUGAUACAAAACAAGAAGAUAUGCUUCUGAUACAAGAUGUUGAAUCAAAAAAUACAAAUGAACAUAUAACACAGCAGGGUCACAUCGAUAUUCUCGAUUCAAAUCAACUUAUUCAGAAAGAGAUUAAUCAAGAUGCUUAUAAAGAAGAAGAUGACAAACACCUAAUAAUGAAUAAAAAUAUUUCUGUCCAUAAACCAUUAAAAUUCGAAGGCAAUAAUAAUAUUUGCAGUGACGAAACUUUAAUUCUAGAAGCAAAUAAUAAUGAUUUAUUACUAUUAUCAGGACAAAAUACUAAAACUGAUUCUUAUGAUAUUAAGAAAAACACAGAAAAAACACUUAAAACACAAAUUGACAACAAAAUAAGCAUUGAGCAUAUUGAUAAUGGACAAACGCGAAAACAAAAAAAUAAUGAAAAAGAAAUUGAAAAGGAAGUUGAAGCGAAAAUCGAAGAAGAUAAACUGAUCAUAGAAGAAGCACAAUAUUCUAAAACAGAAAAUUUAAUAGAAGAAAAACAUGUAGGACAUAGUGACAUAGAAGAAAAAUUGAAAGAAAAUAUAGGAAAAAUCGUAAUACAAACCAUAACUGAAUUAGGAGGAAUAGAGAAAGAAAUUUCAGUCUUAAAUAACCCUAUCAAAAAAGAAGAAAAUGCAGAAAUCAAAAUAGAAAGAGAUUCAUUUAGCGACGUGCUUAGUGAUUUUUCUGUAACAGAAACUAUUAGUAAAAUCGCCUACAAAAGCCAAGACGACUUAAAAGGUUCAAAGAAUAAUCUGGAAGAAUCUUGUGGCGAAAAAAUAGAAACAGAAAAAGACAAAGAAACUAAAUGCCUUGAAUUUAAAGAUAACAUCGGCCAACUUGUAGCAAAAAGUAGCAAUACAAAAGAAUAUUCCGAAACAAAUUUUGAAAACAAGACAGAAAAUGUUAAAAAUGUUGAAAAUAAUUUAGAUAAUAUAGUAAAUGAUUUCAAUAAAACAUCAAUAAGUACGACACAAAACAUAAAAAUUCUUGGAAACCAAGACAGUAAAAAACAAUUAAUCGUAGCAACAGCUGAAAAAGAAGGGGAGAAUAUAGAUAAUAUAAAUAUAGAUAAAAAACAAAAAACUCUCAUUACAAACAAUGAAGAUUCUGAAGGUGAAGUAAAUAGAUGUCGUGAAGUUGGUAAUAGUUAUAUAUCUAAGGAAGAGGUCAGUCAAAUUCUACAAAGGCAAGAAAAAAAUAUUGAAGAAAUUGAAAACUUAAAGCACCCUGAAGUAGCUAAUGAUACUCAUUUAUUAGAAAAGGUACAAGAGGUAGAAAAGGAUUUAAGUAAUGAAAAAAACAGAGAACAACUCCAAACAAUUAUUCAAGAAAAUCCUAACAAAAAAGAAGAAUCUAAAGAGCAAAUCCAAGAGGAGAAGAAAAACCCCGAGAAUAAAAUGCAGAGACAAAGAAGGCGUUCUAAAAAAUUACUUGACUCUUCCAAACCAGAAGUGCAAAAUGAAAAAUUAGAAAAAAAACCACAAGAAACGAACGAAAAAAAUAUGCUAGUUCAAGACAAAAAUAUAGAAAUGAUAAAUUUUACUGACCCGAAUAUUGGUCCUUAUUGUACCAAGCCCGACGACGCCAAUGUUCUCUUCAAUAAAGACGAUAAACAAAAUCAGGAUAAUCAUAAGAAUAUAGAACAGAAAGAACAAACAACGACAGUUUUACAAAAAAAUAAAUUAGAAAUUAAAGAAACGAAACCUAAAUUUCUUUAUGAGAAAGAAGCUGAAAGGGAUGGAAACAUAAAUGUAACAAACGAUUUGGCUAGGCAAUUAAAUGAAAAAGAGAGUGUUGAAACAAGUAAAAAUAAAAAAGAGAUUCUUUUGAUCAAGAAGAAAGAAAGUGACAAAAUAAACCCAGAAGAAAAAGAAAUAGAAGAUGAAAAGUUGGAGGAACUUAACGAUUACGAUAUUUCUGAACAGUUAAAAAACAAAACAUCACCUAUACUAAAAGAUAUUCGUAAGGGUCAAAUGGCAAAUGAGCAAACAGAAAAAAUAACGAAUACUAUUAUCGCAGAUAAUACAUUAACAGAUUUUGAAUCAGAAUUUUCUAGGCCAUCAGGAUACUUACCAAAAGCGUAUUGUGUAGACGAUACCAUGUCACAAAUACAAAUAACUAACAAUAAAGCUCAAACUAUAUACAAAGUCCAGACACUACGUCACGAUUUGCAAUUGAGAUAUUCUAUCCCACCACCUAUAGUGCAAGCAUCAGACAUCAUAGAAGGGCGAUCUCAAAUAAAAGAAAAAACAAAGGCCGCAAGUGAAUGUAGAAGUACAUUGUCAGAAAAACGAAGUAGUUCGUCUCGAGAUGUUAAAAGGAAGCCAGUAUUCUCCACAUUCUUAACAGACCGUACGGCAGUAGAAAGUUCUCGUGUAAAAUUAACUUGCACUGUUUUAACAUCUACAGAGCCAAAAGUUACUUGGUAUAAAAAUGGAGUACAAUUAGAAAAUAAACAUAAGUUUAGAAGUAAGUUUGUCGAUGGCUUGAUAACUUUAGAAAUACUUAAUGCCUUACCAAGCGAUUCAGGGGAGUAUAGUUGCUGUGUUGAAAACAAAAAUGGUUCAAUAAUGUCAUCUGCUAAUUUAAAAGUAUAUCCAAGUUUUGAAGCUUCUCCUAUACCACCAACAUUUACCAGAUCAAUACGUGAUACUUAUCAUUUAGCUGAAAAUGAAUUAAUACUAGAAUGCCGAAUUCGAGGACAACCUCUUCCAACUAUAACAUGGCUCAAAAAUGACAAACCCAUUUUAAGUGAGCGUUAUCAAGCUCAUUACUUAGCUGAUGGUGUUUGUAGAUUGACGAUUAGUAACCCUACUACGGAAGAUUCAGGAAAAUAUACCUGUAAAGCUGAAAGCUCUGUGUGGUCCGAUAAAAUUACGCAUGAUGUUUUCUUUACUGGUAAAAAAGGCCGUUCAAGUCCUGGUCUCGAAUCACGUCGUCCGCAUUUUACAAACGUCCUUUCAGAUCACAAAGUUGUUACGGGUGGUACAAUUGGAUUACAAGUAGAAAUAAGAGGAUCGCCUACUAGAGUAGAAUGGUUGCGAGAAGGACAUUCCGUGACGGAAUUGUACAGAAAUGCACAAACAUACGUUGAUCGUGAUCUAUAUACGCUAGCCCUUCCAGACGUAACAGAGAAAGAGUCCGGCUUAUAUACUUGUAGGGCAUAUAGUAAUCAAGGCAAUGUUGAUAUGAACGCGUCUAUAACUGUCGUUCAACCUAACCAGUAUGAAGGAAAACCAGCAACGAUUGUUAGUCGUCCAGAAAAGGAUGUAAUAAUUUCAGUCGGUGAAGAUUUAAAUAUUUCAUUUAGAGUACAUGGAGAUCCUAAAGCUAAAGUUUUCUUUAUGAAGGGUAUACGAGAUUUAACAAAUAGCCAAAGAGUUUGUAAAAUGACAUCUGAUGAUUAUGUUAAGUUUACUUUAAAAAGGACUGUUGUUUCUGACGCUGGUACAUAUUGUAUUUACGUGAGAAAUGCUUACGGUUGUGACAGAGCUUUUGUAACAGUUGUUAUUAGACAACGAGCCUCUUCUGAAAAUCUUAUAUCGGAUUGGACUUAUCCGAUGGACGAUUUGGCAAUUUCAUCUUUAGACCGAAACUAUAAAUCUGUUCCUGAUCGAAUUCCAAGUGAACCUAGUGUUGUUCAUGGUGGAAAUAAUUGGGUUUCUCUUGCUUGGCCAAAAUCUGAUCAUCAGUCAAGAGCUCCUAUUCUGGCCUAUAAAGUAGAAAGUUGGCUUCUUGGAAAAGAAGGUGGAGCUCGUUGGAUAGAAUUAGGUAUCACACCGCGCAACUCAUUUGAUGUUUUUAACCUAAAACAUGGUGAAGAAUACCAUUUUAGAGUUACACCAAGGAAUCGUUAUGGUUGGGGCGAAUCAGUACAAACAUCGGUUCCAAUUGGUAUAGGCUUAGCAGGAGAUAGACCAGAAUUUGUUGAAAUUUUACCUGGUCAAUUAAAAGUGCUUGUUGGUGAGAAAGCGAUUCUUCAUUGUAGCUUCACGGGGAAACCGAUACCUGAAAUAGUAUGGAUGAAAAAUGGGCAUGAAAUUGAAGAAGAACCGGGAAGGGUAAUCAUAGAAAUGAAUAAUUUUCAUACUUCCUUACGAAUUGAAGAAAUAAAGAUAGACGAUGAAGGAAGAUAUAGCUGUGAAGCAACCAACGUACACGGCCGUUCUUCUACUUAUGCAAGAAUGGCAGUUAUUACAGAUCGACAAAUUUGGGAAGCCGACGCUAAAUUGAAAAGAGAAAGAUCAGCAGGUAUUGAUGGAGAAUAUCCGCCUCAAUUUACAAUGCGUUUGAGAGAUCGACGAGUUCAAGCGACUUACCCAGUUCGUCUUACAUGUCAAGUAGUUGGAAACCCACCUCCUCUUGUGAAAUGGUUUAAGAAUGAAGAAGAAGUUACUAUCGAAGGACGCUACACUGCAUCCCAAGAUGAAUGUUUUUAUACGUUGGAGAUAGCUCCUACUACAUUAGAAGAUGGCGGAGUAUAUGAAGCAAUGGCUAGGAAUAGCUGCGGUGCGGUCAGUUGCCGUUGUAACCUUGUGGUUGACAAAGGCAUUAGAGCCUACAUAGCUCCUGAAUUUUGCUGUGGUCUUGAACCACUAUAUCGUUUGAGUGAAGGAGAAGAACUGCGAAUUUCAGCUAUCGUUGAAGCUUACCCUUCAGUCGGUGUGACGUGGUAUCGCGAUGGAGUGAGAUUAAGACCAAGUCGUAGAGCAAUUAUGACUUUAGAUCGUGAUGGCCAAAUAGAACUAGCACUCGCUUCUGUAACUGGACGUGAUGCUGGUGUUUACACAUGUACGGCAUCUAACGAAGUAGGAAUGGCUUCCACGUCUGGCAAAGUAGAAGUAGUAUCUGGAGAAUAUGUUAUAGAAAAAACAUCAGCGCCUCCAAUUCUUAUUUGUUCAGACAUGCCUUAUUCAAAGGAGCCAAUGUUUAUAAGGAAGCCCAGAUCUAGUGAAGCUCGAGAAGGAGAUACAGUAAUUAUUGAAUGUGAAGUAACCGGUGAUCCCAAGCCUGAUGUUUAUUGGUUAAGAGAUUUCUUAAAGCCUGAUUAUUACCGAGAUUCGAGCCAUUUCAAGCGCAUUGGUGCAGGACCAGCUUAUCGAUUUGAGAUUCCGCAUGCUAAACUCGACUACACUGGUGCAUAUUCCAUAGUGGCUAAGAAUAUUCACGGUGAAACAAAGGCGAUUAUAUCGCUACAAAUAUUAGCUAAAGAUCUAUCUUGUGGUGAUGAUGUUCAUAACAUUAAAUACGGACGAGUUGAAGUUAUUCCACGGUUCGAUAAAGAUUUGACAGAUUUGCUUUGCUAUGAUGGGGACGCUGUAGAGUUUGAGUGUAGUGUGACGGGAAAUCCCGAUCCAGAGAUUAGAUGGCUUCACUACAAUGAGAAUGUCCCAGAAUGUUCUUAUUUUGAAACAACAUAUGACGAAGGUAUUGCAAGGCUUAAAAUAAAACAAGUUACUGCUGAAGAUGAAGGCACAUACACUUGUGAAGCAUCCAACUGCUUGGGCAAAGCAUCUUCAAGUGCCUGCUUAGUCGUUUACCCCCCCGGCGAACCCAACACAUUGAGCACGCGUCUGCGGCGGCCGCCCGCACUCCUCUCCGCUGCCUCAACGCCGCGCUCCACACCACGCACUACUCCUGCGAGGUCGAUGUCACGAACACCUGGUCCAGAACCGAGACGUCUGUGCAGCCCAUCUCGUGAAAUCGCUCCAAAAUUCUACACUUAUCCAUUUAAUCGCGUUGCUGAAGAAGGCGAUACGGUUGUGUUCCAGUGCGCUGUUAAAGGUCUUCCACCGCCAUGGGCCACGUGGGACAAAGAUGGUAUCAUUAUAACACCAUCAGCAAGAAUUACUAUUAAAGAAAAAGAUGAAAUGUUUAGGAUUUUAGAAAUUGAACAAGUUACCAUAGAAGAUGUAGGCUUAUACAGAAUAUCGUUAGAAAACGAUUACGGAAGAGCGGAAGCUUCAGCAAGACUUGAAGUAAUUACGCAAAAAGGGAAAUUCUACGGUAGUACACGAUCGUAUAGUGUAUCUCCAAGGAAAACCUUACCAUACAGAAGACGUACGCCUUCUUUUUCUAAACAAGACUGAUAGCCAACUUUGAAAUUAUAAAAAGUGAAUUCGUUACUUAUAAUGGAAAAUCGAUGAUGCUGAAAAUAUUUAAAUAAGUAG